AAUUUUGUCGGCUCGUUAACAAAAAGUUUCUAAACUUGCGCCGAGAAAUGCAUUCAUAGACGUGAUGUAGUUCUGACCAACUUCAGAGGCGUGUCAUGUUUACAAUAAACGCGGCGUUCUUUCUUGUAGCGUACUCGACGAUUUUUUAAGUCCAGAUUCCAUAAAAGAUGCUCGCGUUAGGACCUAAAAAGGACGGUGGACCCAAUACGAAAUUUUUCGAGUCCCAGGAAAUUCUUACACAGCUCGAUGGAGUAAAACAGUGGCUAUUGAAAAACUGCAAGAAGUAUGUACAAACGGACCCUCCCACCAAUAAAAGUUUAGCUACUUUGAUAGUACAAUUAUUACAAUUUCAAGAAGAUAAUUUAGGAAAAAAUGUUUCAAAGCCACCGAUGACAAGGCUUCCAGUGAAGUGUUUCUUGGAUUUUAAACCAGGAGGUGGAUUAUGUCAUAUUCUUGCUACAGCAUAUCGUUUUAAGCAAGAACAAGGAUGGCGUAGGUUUGAUUUUCCAGUCGGGAAGUCAGGAUCCCGUAUGGAUCGGACUGUGGAAAUGUUGAUGGCAGCUGAGCGUGCUUUAGUGCAGAAUAGGUGUCUGACCAUACCAAGUAUAUACGUAAGAGCCGACGUAGACAAGUCAACAGCUGCCAAAGUAAAAGAAGCAAUACGAAGACAUCAGGGCACUAUUGCCGAAAAUGAAGCGGAUGCUACGCACAUAAUUUACCCUCCGGCAGAUCCUAUGGAAGAAGAGUACGCUCGGCCUUGUAUGAGGCGCGAGAGAUCCGUUCUUCUCCAUUGGUACUAUUUUCCGGACAGCUAUGAUUCUUGGACUACUUUAGAUCUUCCUUGGGAUUUCCCAGAAGGUACACUUACUACCGCAAACAUGAAAUCAAUAUACAAAGUAUCUGCGACAUGGGCAUUAGAUUUAGAUCAGUACAAUGAGUGGAUGAACGAGGAAGACUAUGAGAUAGAUGAAAGUGGUCAAAAGAAAAUACACAAGUUUCGACUUUCGGUAGAAGAUUUAAUGGCUCAACCGUCUCAUCCGCCACCCUCUGCAAAGAAACCAAAACGAAAACGAUCCCCGAGCCCACCACCGAAACAGGGAAAACGUAAAAGCGGAAGGGGGCCAUCGGGUGUUCAAAGUGCUUCGUCUACGUCAUCGUUGACGACUCCAAAAAAAUCACGCGGUGGCGGUGAAGAAGAAGACGAUCUUACUCAAGGAAUGGAAGACCCACCAGCGGAACCUCGGAUUGUCGAAGUAGUUGCUACUCCUACAAACCCACCGGUUACAGGUCAAGGUACCACUCCAACGAGUGGUACCACUUUGACAACGACAGGAAGUAAAAAACAAGAUAACGAACUUCAGCCAUUGAAAUCUGGUAACAUGGCAGACUUGGACGAACCGAUGGAAGGUGACAAAGGUAGCUCUCAAGGGACUCAAGAUAGAGAGGAACGCGACGUUAGUAAAGAAAGAGGAGAAGGUAACAAAGGGGACGAACCAGAAGAUAAUGUUACAGAGCAAACGCAUCAUAUCGUUGUCCCCAGUUAUUCCGCCUGGUUCGAUUACAAUUCGAUCCAUACUAUUGAAAAGAGAGCUUUAUCAGAGUUUUUUAAUGGCAAAAACAAAUCCAAAACGCCAGAAAUUUAUCUCGCGUACAGAAACUUUAUGAUCGAUACUUAUAGAUUAAAUCCCACGGAAUAUAUUACAUCAACGGCCUGCAGACGUAAUUUGGCAGGUGAUGUGUGCGCGAUCAUGCGCGUGCAUGCAUUUUUGGAACAAUGGGGACUAAUUAAUUACCAGGUAGAUGCAGAAUCGAGACCCACGCCUAUGGGGCCUCCUCCGACAUCGCAUUUUCAUGUAUUAUCAGAUACUCCGUCUGGUUUGGCCCCGGUUAAUCCAAAUCCGCCGAAAACGCCGCAGCCAUCGGCUGCAAAAGCUUUGCUCGAUUUGGAGAAAAAAUCGAACAUAACGAGUGGAAUUGGAGUGGAGGAAAAGGCUUCGGCGGGAGCGAUGGCAAACUUUGGAUUGAAAAUAGAUCAAUAUUCAAGAAAACCGGCGGUAUUGAAGAACAAACAAGCUGCUGGCGCUACUCGCGAUUGGACGGAACAAGAGACACUUUUACUGUUAGAAGGAUUAGAAUUGCACAAAGAUGACUGGAACAAAGUUUGCGAACACGUUGGCUCGAGAACGCAAGACGAAUGUAUUUUGCACUUUUUACGGCUUCCAAUAGAGGACCCAUAUUUAGAAGAAGGAGGGCCAGAGGGUCUGGGUCCAUUGGCUUAUCAACCGGUACCCUUUUCGAAAGCUGGCAAUCCUGUCAUGAGUACAGUUGCAUUUUUGGCCUCGGUUGUUGAUCCCAGAGUUGCGGCAAGUGCCGCCAAAGCUGCUAUGGAAGAAUUCGCAGCCAUCAAGGACCAAGUACCGGCUACUUUGCUAGACCAACAUUUGAGAAACGUUCAAGCCAGCGCUAAUUCCGAUGGCAAGUUUGAUCCAGCUGCAGGAUUAGCGCAAUCUGGUAUAGCUGGUACAGGUCCGCCCGAACCUCCAGACGACACAGCAACGCCUUCGACGACUGGAAGUGUUCCAACAACGGCGGCUACGUCACCGCAUUCGGCUACAUCGACCCCCAUGGAAACGAAGAAAGAGGAGCAAGAUAAUAAACCUAAGGAAUCCGAAGUUGACCAAACUCAGUUAGAUAUUACAAAGAAGGAAGAUGAAAUGAAAGAGGCAGAAGAGGAUACGAAAGCUGCUGUGGACGCUGAAGCUAUAGAAGCGAAAGAAAAGAAGGACAAGGUGGUGCGUGACGCUCAACUCCAGUCCGCAGCUGCUGCGGCAUUAGCAGCGGCCGCCGUUAAGGCAAAACACUUGGCAGCCGUAGAGGAACGUAAAAUUAAGUCCUUGGUGGCGCUACUCGUUGAAACGCAAAUGAAAAAGCUGGAAAUUAAAUUACGUCAUUUCGAAGAAUUGGAGACUACUAUGGAACGGGAACGCGAAGGUUUGGAGUACCAAAGACAGCAGUUGAUCACCGAAAGGCAACAGUUUCAUUUGGAACAAUUGAAGGCCGCGGAGUUUAGAGCGAGGCAACAAGCACACCAGCGUCUAGCCCAGGAACAACAGCAACAACAACAAAAUCAGCAUCCGCCUUGGCAACCAACCGCACAACAACAGCAGCAACAGCAACAGCCACCAAGUCCGCAAGCACAGGCCCAACAACCACCGCCGCAUACGCCACCGCAACAGGCAUAACUCUUUUGUGACUUACUU